CCCCCGGCAAUGGCCUGGAAGCCAUCACGCACACUCUCUGCGCAUGUGAACUAGCUGAAAGGACCCACCCCAGCCUCGGCUUUAAGGUCUCUCCCUUAAUCUUUACCUUGAGGUCAGUAGCGACGCUCCUGUGGCUUGGCCCGCUCCACGUGUCAGCGAUAUGGAGGAAUUCGACUCCGACGACGUCUCCUCCUCAGAGGAAGACGAAGACUACGUGCCUUCGGGUGAAGAGUAUAGUGAAGAUGAUGUAAAUGAAUUAGUGAAAGAAGACGAAGUGGAUGGUGAGGAGCAGACACAGAAAACCAAAGGGAAAAAAAGAAAGGCUCAAAGCAUUCCUGCCAGGAAAAGAAAACCAGGAGGCCUCUUGUUAGAAGAAGAGGAAGAGGAAGAUGUCAGUGAGGAAUCUGGAGCAAGCAGCAGUGAGGAGGAACACACGGCUGCAGAGCGGGGAGAAGACACUGGGUCAGAGGCUGCAAGGAGGAAGAAGGAGGACGAACUCUGGGCCAGCUUUCUCAGUGACGUGGGACCAAAGUCGAAAGUGUCCCCAAGUCCACAAGUUAAAAAAAGAGAGGAGACUGAAGAGACAAGUUCAAAUAAAUUGUCGGUCAAAGCAGAAGAGCUAGAGAAACCUAAAGAAACAGAGAAAGUUAAAAUCACCAAGGUGUUUGAUUUUGCUGGUGAAGAAGUCAGGGUGACUAAGGAAGUGGAUGCUACAUCUAAAGAGGCCAAAUCCUUCUUCAAGCAAAAUGAUCAAGAAAAACCACAGGCUAACGUGCCUUCAGCUCUGCCGUCACUCCCUGCUGGGUCAGGGUUAAAAAGAUCGAGUGGCAUGAGCAGCCUUUUGGGAAAAAUUGGAGCCAAGAAGCAGAAGAUGAGCACCCUAGAGAAGUCCAAAUUGGACUGGGAGAGCUUCAAGGAGGAAGAGGGCAUUGGGGAAGAGCUAGCCAUCCACAAUCGAGGGAAAGAAGGGUACAUCGAACGGAAAGCUUUUCUGGACCGAGUGGAUCACAGGCAGUUCGAAAUUGAGCGAGAUCUCAGGCUGAGCAAAAUGAAACCCUGACGUCAUGGGGGAGCCAGUGGCAGCCCAGCGCUGUCUGCAGUGUGAGCUUCUGCGUGUCCGGGGGUGUCUCCGGGGCUCCUCCUCCUCCACUGGCGCCAGCAAGGCCUUUUUCUACAUCGAAUUCUGUCUUCGUAUCUUGGUCUCACGUGGUUUCAUUCAUUUGACUGUUGAAAGUUUGUCCUUAAAAAAUAAAAGUAAAAAAAAAAAAGUUGGCCCUGGCCAGUGUGGCUCCAUGAGCUGGGCAUCGCGCCCCAAAGUGAGAGGUCACCUAUUCGAUUUCCAGUCGGGGCACAUGCCUGGGUGGCAUGUUCAGUCCCUGGUCGGGCGUAUUUGAGAGACAGCUGAUCACUGUUUCUCUCCCUUUGUACUUCUCUUCCCCUCUCUCUAAAAAUAAAUAAACUCUUUUAAAAAGUAA